AUGACAGACCAGACUUCCCCGAACUCUCUCAAUGAGAAGGCGUCUCUCACCACUAAUGAGGUUGAUGUCGUCCCGUCCGCGGAGAAGAGCACCGCGAUCGCUGAGCGGAAGCUCGUCCGCAAACUCGACCUGCGUCUCUUGCCCGUUCUGACCAUGCUCUAUUUACUUUCCUUCCUCGAUCGUUCAAACAUUGGAAAUGCCAAGCUCGAUGGGCUGACAACGGACUUGAAGAUGAAACAAUCUCAGUAUCUGAACGUCUUGACAAUGUAUUUCUUCGGAUACGUCUUGUUCGAGAUUCCGAGUAACAUCGUUCUCAAGCGGCUUACUCCUCGACUAUGGCUUCCGACCCUCAUGGUCGUCUGGGGAAUUGUCUCGACACUGAUGGGCCUGGUCCACAAUUACAGUGGUCUGAUGGCUGUGGUGCGUGUCUAUUCCACGAUUCUCUCAUGGGGAUUUUCACCAACUGUCAUUGUCGACGCGCAGCGCUUCUUCCUCGGCGCAACGGAGGCUGGCUUGUUUCCCGGGGUUGUUUACUACCUCUCCUGCUGGUAUAAACGUAAGGAACAGCACUUCCGCAUCUCCAUCUUCUUCAGUGCUGCUAGUCUCGCAGGUGCAUUCGGCGGUGUGCUCGCAUUUGGCAUCGGAAAGAUGGCAGGUAUCGGCCACAAAUCCGGUUGGUCGUGGAUAUUCAUAAUUGAGGGUUUGGCGACCAUUGUCCUUGCCUCCUUGUCAUAUCUCUUCGUGCACAAUUAUCCAGACACAGUGUCCUUCUUGAGUCCCGCGGAGAAGACGCUGUUGCACGACCGCCUGCGCGAUGAUAAUGACGCAUUGAACGGCGAGGUGUUCGCGUGGAAGUACGUCAAGAUCGCAUUCCAGGACGUUGCAGUGUGGCUAUACUGUUUCUGCUUUAUGGGCUGCUCGUUGCCGCUGUACACACUAAGUCUCUUCAUGCCUACGAUCAUCGCCGACCUGGGAUACUCAGCAGCGAAGGCACAGUUGCUCACCGUGCCGCCGUACUUCGUCGCCACCGUGCUCACGUUCGGCACCGCGUGGGGUUCGCACCUCAUCAACCGCCGCGCCCCCUUCAUGAUCGCAGGCGCGGUGCUCGCCAUCAUCGGGUACAUCAUCCUCAUCACUGACAGGCGCACCGGCGUGCAGUACUUCGCGACGUUCCUGUGCGCCGGCGGAAUCUACCCUGCAACCGCGAUCACGCUCUCGUGGCCCGCAAACAACGUCUCCGGACAGCUAAAGCGCGCCGUCGCUUGCGCGAUGCAGAUUAGUAUCGGCAAUAUCGGUGCAAUUAUCGGCACCCAACUUUACCGCUACGCACCGCGAUUCUAUCUCGGGCACGGAUUCGCGAUUGGCUCCCUGAGCAUGCUUACCGUCUUCACCUGCAUUAACUGGGCCGUACUUGCGCGCAGGAACAAGGAGAAGGAGGAGACGCUGUCCGGCAAGCACGAGGAUCCGCAGCUGGAGAAGGAUAGCCGUCUGCAUUUGGGAGACGCACACCCUUCGUGGAAGUUUCAGUUGUGA